AGCGCGAAACUUUUUUGUAAAGCUUCACAAAAAAGUUUUUUCAUCUCUUUUAAUAAACUCGUAGUCAUAAAAAAGAUUUUUUUAUCAUCUCAUCAGUGGAUUUUUUAUCCACUAAGCUACCUGUGCUGUUUUUACACCUUAUGUAAGUGUUCUGUCUGAGGGCAUUGCAGGAGAUAGAAGCAUUUUUGUGACAUAGAGAAAGCAUGAGACAAAGAGAUAUUCCAGAUGAAGAAUGUUCCGGAGAGCGAAAACAAGAAAUAAUUUCGCAGGCCAGUUGUUUAAUAUUCUUGUUCUUUGUUCGCUAUUUUUGCUAAUAUUUGCUUAAGCGCCAUUUUCUGUUAGGAAAUUCACAAUUAUUGUGUUGCAAAAAUUUCUUCAUUAAUAAAGGCGCCUUAUCUAUUUUUGUUUUGUCUCGAUUAACAAUAAGUGUUUUAGUCUCGAUUAACAAUAAGUUUGUGCUUUAGUCUCGAUUAAUUAUGUGCUUUGUGUUUUAGUUAACAGUUAUAAAAAAUAAUGGCAAAAAUAGUAUUGCAGAGUGAAAUCGUGUUACUAAUACUAACCAAACAAAGAAGUUGCUGUUGCAUCGGCCGUACUGCAACAUGGGUUUUUAUGUUUUAACAUGGGGCUACGAUACACAAAACAGAAAGCCUUGCACAAAGACACAAUCUUCAGCGAGGAAUACAAGUCUUCAAAAUCAUCUGUUACUAUAAGCAAUCGUAACAGCCCUACGUUGGAGUUUCACGUUAUUGAAAAAAAUGACAACUCUUCCGCAGAGGUCAGUAACUUGCAGGUAUAUGGCGACGUAAACGCGUCCGUUUCUAUUGAAAUUAACAGCACUGUGGAGGAUGAAUCCGUAGGUAUAGAACGAGAAUCGCUCGAAAGCAACUCUGGAACAGAAAGUCCAUCGUUUGAUAAUGUCCUCACAACAUAUAGUACCGACAUCACUGAAGAGGAAUCGACGUCAAAAGGAAGUCCCGUCAUUCACAAGUAUCGAACGUUGCCGUCAAGAAUGUCGGAAAAGAACGAGAACAAACAUCGGCAUUCUGUCACAUUGGGUGACGGUUACUUCAGACAUUUAAAACCUAAUGAAAGCGAGAAGGAGUUGAGGGUGCAAAGUAAUGAAGAAAUGAUAUCGAAGUCAGCCGACAAGUUGAGACGGUUCGAAAACUGGCCACAACAUUCGAAUGAGAGCGUUUUCUUGCCGAACUAUCCGUUAGAUCAUCGGAAGCUGAGCCGAUAUCAGGUAUGCGACAAACUGGGCAGUGGUGCGUUCAGUCAGGUCUUUAUGGUGAUUGAAAAAGAAAGUAGUGUGUGUUAUGCGCUAAAGAAGUUGCAGAAAUCGAGUAUAAUAACAAAGAAAAUGAUGAAACAAGUGCAAGACGAAAUAAAUAUUCUUUUUAGAAUAGGAAGACACAAAUUUGUACUUGGCUUGGUCACGUGUUGGCAAACGAAGGGAUAUUUAUGUCAAGUUCUCCCUUACGUUCCUGGUGGAGAUUUGUACAAGUUAUGGAAGAAAGAGAAGAUAUUUUCGAUGAAGUGUGUGUCUCAUGCUGGUGCGGAGAUUGCUGUAGCUUUGGAUUACUUGUUCAGCAAGAAAAUUUUGUAUAGAGAUUUAAAAAUGGAGAAUAUCUUAAUCUCGCGCACAGGACACGUUCUUUUGUCUGACUUCGGUCUUUCCAAAUGUAUGGACGGGGGGACGCGAGCAUACACCAUCUGUGGAACGCUAAGAUACAUGGCACCUGAGAUUGCAACAGGUACUGGGUAUUCAUACGAAUCCGAUUGGUGGUCGCUUGGUGUCAUCAUAGUUGCCAUGGCGACAGGAAAGUUUCCCUUUAAACUUGCCAACGAUCAUAAAGAUAUGCUGAAGGAGAUUAAAGCCAGCAUUUUAAACCUCCCAAAACUUUCGGAUGAUGUUGUGAUCAAAGAUACAAUCAGAAAGCUUUUAAACUAUCGACCCUGGCAUCGUUUCUCAUCCCUACGUGAGAUUCAAGAAAUGGUGCUAUUCAGUCACGUUAACUUCUCCGAGAUCCUCACAGAAAUGUACGGCCCGUUUUACAAGUUCAUAUCAUCAUGACGAAGCAACAAAUCUACUCACUGCUUUGUGUUUAGUGCUUGUCUUCAAAAUUGUUUAUCACUUCAUAUUCUCUGUCAACCACGAAGAUAUAUUUUUAUGCUUUCUAAAGCAUUAUUUAUUUUUACCAUAUUCGCGUGGAUAUCGUGAUAUUUGGUUUUAUAGAAAUAAAUUUAAAAAAAAUUGCAUGGAGUUAUUUCUGUAAGUGAGGUAAAUUUGCAGAUAACUUUUUAACUGCAUGAUAUUAAAAGGUAGAAACAUUGGUAAAACUUCGCGAUUUUUGAAUUAAAUCGCGAAAGUUUAAUCUCGCGAAAUAUUUUCUAUUUACUUGCAUUUGUACAUGUUUUCUUGAAAAAGUGGAAUAAUAUAUAGUUCAUUUUUUACGUUUUACCCAUAAAUUCGCGAAAGUUAAUUUUUACGGAAAUCCAAAAUUGGCCAAUUCGCAAAAGAUUCUAUUAAAAAUUUUGCGAUUCUGUUUCGCGACUACCUUUAAUGUAGUUUGAAGUGUAAAUUAUAUAUUUAUGUUCCUCAGUAGUUUUUUUAAAAAACACUUUGAAGUCAAACUUCUUAAUGUAUAUAAGCUUUUUUGUUUAUAUUUUGUAAUAUGCAUAUAAGUAUGAAUUUGUUAAUAAAAUUAUUUACAUAUUUUAUUUUCAUUUCUACUUUCAAAAUAAAUUAUAAUAUAUAA